AUGGACGACAAAACUCGCAAGAGAAACGAAAGUGACGACGACGAGCACGACAACGCUGUAUCCGAACGGUGCCGCCCCGAAAAGAUUCGAUGCAUCACAACUAUGCAGACGCCCGAUGUAUCCCCACGCCAGGAUGAAGACCUCGUAAACGCAGGGGGUGGUACGAAAAGCGCGUCUGUCUCUAAUAAACUUGGAGUACAGCACGCGGCUGCAGACGACCACAACCUCCAUGCAAGGGCACAGGAAUCCAUAGCGGGCACCGGACCGUCAAUCACAAGGUCGAACAUUGAGACAGGACGCGACAACAUCGAGAACCGGGAUUCGAGAGGCGAGCUGUCAUGGAGAGAACUUCCCCCAGCUACUUACGAGGCGAACGAAUUGUGUCGGACUGAGAAAUACAAGAGAGAGAACAUGCGAUUCGAAAAGGUACACGACGGCGCCCUGGCCCGCAGCUUCGCUGAAGGGAGACCUCUGCUUAUGUAUUGGGAGGAUUCCAAGCUGGUACGUUCGAUGAGGAACCGACGCCCCCGAACCGUUUGUGAGACUCCAGAGACAGCUGCGACUCUCAAGAACGCGCGCAACCAGGCGCCAUUGGAAGGACAAGGCAGGAAAAUAUCUCUAUCAUCAGUGUUCCCCAUCAGACCUCCGGCUCCGGAGGAUGAGGUUGAUUCCUUGAAUCUGGAUGGAAGUGGACUUUGGCCAAUUGGCAAUGCGUCGGCCGAUGGUUCUUCGACUUAUCUACCCGAACCCCGAAUAGGCAGACCUCCCCUUGCUCCUGUCCCCUGGCCGCGCAUCACGCUACCCGUGAGGCUGCAGACUGUACGCCGUUCAACAUCGCAUCCUGCCCAGGGCAGGAGCCCACGAGCCCUCCGUGAGCUCUAUCUGUCCCGGUAUCAUGCCGCAUGUCGGAUGGAGGAGAAAAUGUCUGAGGAAGACAUGUCCGUCUUUGUGGGUUUCGACACGGAGCAAUGA